UAUGGCGCGGGAAUCCCAAUCGCGCGACAUCAGCAGGAGUGUUACUAAAUGACUCUAACAUUACUGUACGGUGGAACACAUCAUGAAGUUGGGAACUAUCGCAUAGAUUGAACUGAAUUUGGAAUCUCACCACGAUGGACGUGGUUGUGAAAAAGGAAAAGGACUGUGAUUGGCUGGGGCCGUCAAUUGACAGAACCUGUGAAUGGUGUUCUUCGCCUGAUUUUAUGAGAGGUGACCUCCCAAGAUAUAUUGAUAAACAAUUGGAUGAAUGGCCAGCAGAUUUAUUAUUGGAUCUCUGCUACUGCUUUGACUGUGUACAGGAGUAUCACAGGCUACAGGAAGAGUUGACUGAACAGAGGCAAAAAAAGGUUUUGCAGCACCUGGAUGUUGACAGACUGAAACUGACAAUCAGCAGUGCCUUAGGAGAUGCAGAAUGUGGAGAAGGAUCUUUUCCGUAUAUGCAGGAUGUCCCAUUGAAGUUACAAGUUCCCCUUCUGGAAAUGUUAAGAUUCCCAUAUUUCUUACAUAAUGAGAUGCUAGCAUUAUUGUUUAAAAGAGGACUUAUUGCUCUGAAUGUGUGGGGCUGUCCACUUAAACUGGAGGAAAAACUUCCUGGAGCAUAUCUUCUGCUUGUUCAUCCAGAUCCAGAGGUGCGGGGUUGGGCAGUUAAAAGUGUGAGAGGACAAGGAAUGAUAAAUCCAGAUGAGUAUGAUCUAUUGAAAGAAGUUAUCAAGUGGAUGAUUGAUGUUGUGGAGUUGAAUCUGUUUGAAUAUCCUGAUAUUGUAACACCUGCGGACAAAAAUGCUAUCAGCCUGCCUCUAAAUGUUCUCCCACCACACUUGUUUGUUCCACUUACUGUAAAAGAGUAUUGGAUGGGACUGUUUGUGCUAUUGAUGCGAAUGGAUGUGGCCACAGUGAAAUCGUGCUUUAUGAGUUACACUGGUCACAUAGGGAUUCUGAAUGUAAUUGUACAGCCAAUGGAAAAUCAAGAGGGGGAAGCAUUUUGGCCAAUGCUCCAGUGUUUUGUUGUCUUGCUAGAGAGACUUGGAGAGAGAAUCUGGCAGAUUUCUGUGUUCACACGUAACCCUGACCAACUCUUUGGGAUUAUAACGAAAAACUGUUUCUUUAAAGAGGCUAUCUUGCAGUGGCAAACCCAAGAUGGUGGAGUGAUUUUUAAGCAAAAAGACAUCAGGCAGUCAAAUAAAGCCAGGUCUUUGAGUGGUGCAAAAUCUUCCAGUGGAUUUUAUAACACAGCUUUGGCAUGGUUUCAACCUUUUGUGCUUUCUCUUCUGGACUUUGAUUUUGGUGAACAUUAUGUCUCACUGGUAAUUAGAUAUCUUCACAAUGUUGCAGAUAAGUGUUUAACUCAAAACACUUUCAAGUCAGAUGUCCAGUCUACAUUGUUAGGCAUAAUUCAUGAAUUGGUAAAUAGAAAUUUUUCCACUUGCCUGGCUCAUACAGCUGACCUUUGGGCAAAAGACAUGGUAGAUUUUGUCAUAGCUGAAACAGGGGACAAGAAGAAGGUUGAUGUUACCAGAAGACUGCUUCAGCUCCUGCUUAAGGCUUGUCAUCGAGGGGGAUCCAAACAUGCCCUCAAGUACUGGGGAGUGUUUGCAUUGCCAGGACCCAAGCAGCUAUCUGCAGAGGAAAAGCAGCAAAUAAUUUCACUUAUCGAGGCUCGUCCUUCCUUUAAAAACUCCGUGGAUAACGCAGCUAUCAAAAAAAUUCCUAAUGGUAGCCUCUCCACCCAGGGUGUUACCCGUAUAAAGGAAGAGAAAGGCCUACAGUCACCCGAGGAGUUUGAUUCUAAUGUAUUAACGGCAAGAAAAAGCAGCGACGAGAGAAGUUUUCGAUCAACGGUGAAGUGUAGUCCGAGUUCAAGUGUGAGCAGUUCUGAAGGUGAACAGGGUGUUAUCCGCAGAGAGAAAGAGAAUGCCCCACAGUCACACGAACGGAUUUAUCGUAAUGGGUUAACAAAAAGAAAAAGGAAUGACUCAACAAAGAAGAUAAGUUUUCGAUCAAGAGUGAAACCUGGCCCUAGUUCACGUGUGAGCAGUUCUGAAGAUGAAGAAGAGGAAGAGGAAGAGGAAAAGAUUGCUAGCAGGGACCCAAUGAAGAGGCGCAAAAAGCCUCAACAUCGUUCAUGGAAUAUCAAAGUGUCUAAAAUGUCUUCAGAGUUGGAUUUUGGACUUAUGACAGCCAAAAUUCCUUUAGUAGACUACAAGGGCCUUGUAAAAGCUGAAAAAAGCGUCUAA